UUUGGUUGAUGGAUAAUAAGGUGUUGCCCUUCAUUUUCUCGAGCAAUUCUCAUUUCAUGAUCUGAAUUUUUAGGUCGAGUUAGACCCAAAGUCCAUUUUAUUUACAUAUAUACACGAGAUAUACCUAUCAUUAUUCUCGAUUUACAUAUUAUUGGCCAUGUUGUCCAUGCCCAAAUAUCUAACCUAUCUCUAAUCCCAUGAAUUUGGAUUUUCUAGUUCGUUUUGAACUAUGAGAUGAAUAAAUCGAAAAAAACUGUGUAAUUUGAUGAAGUGGGGAAAUAUAGUUUAAAAUUGUUUAUGGGGUUUGUUUGAUUGAUAAAUAUAAAAUGAUUUAAUUAUUUUAUCACAGACAUCAUAUUUCAAAUAUUGAUUAAAAGAGUGACUACCAUGAUUAUUAGCAGAAGAAAGUACUAAAAGCAGAACAAGUAAUGGAGAUGUAGAUAUGGAAGCAGCAAUGUCGAAGUAUUCUUCUCAGAACUUGAAAACCCUUUUCAGCAUAAAGUCCCCAGUCAUUUCAAGAACCAUUGUAGCGUUGCCAUUUUCAACUUCCCCUUCUUCAUCCGCCGCGAUUCUCAAUGCCAAGAACUGCAGCGAAGCCAUGCGGCUUUACGAUUCAGCAAUUGUAAAAACAGACCCAACAAAGGAUCUUACAUUACACUCAGCCAUUAUUCAUUAUUUAACCCGAGCAAGAUUGUAUCUUGACGCCAGGUGUUUGAUAAAACGACUCAUUGAAAAUCUUAGAAAAAACAGCAACCCCAGAAAGGUUUGUUCUUUAGUUUUCAAUGAUCUAGGUAAAAUAGACUCUGGGUCUAGCUGUAAUGUGUUUGGGGUGUUGAUUAUUGCGUUAUCUGAAAUGGGUUUUGUUGAUGACGCUUACUGGGUGUACCAAAAGAUGGGAAAGUUGCCUCCUUUACAUGCUUGUAAUGCUCUUUUACAUGGGUAUGUAAAAAUGGGUAAGUUUGAAUUCAUGUGGGGUAUGUAUAGGAAUAUGCUAUCCUUUGGGUUAUGUCCUAGUGUGGUGACAUAUGGAGUAUUGAUUGAUGCAUGCUGUCUUAAAGGUGAGAUUUUGAAAGCUAAAACGCUAUAUGAUGAAAUGGCUGAGAAAGGAAUUCAACCAAAUAUUGUGACAUAUACCACUAUGAUUCGUGGGUUUUGCAAUCAGAAUAAGAUACAGGAAGCUGAAAGCAUGUUCAGCAAGAUGUGGGAGAUGGGAGUUAUGCCUAAUCUUUGCACUUAUAAUACUCUAAUGGAUGGCUAUAGCAAGAAGGCUGAUACUGGAAGAGCCUUUCAACUUUAUCAAAAUAUGUUGAAGCAUGGAAUUCUUCCAAAUGUUGUUACUUUUGGUACCUUGAUCGAUCCGCUUUGUAAAGUGGGUGAAGUAAUAACAGCAAGAAAUUUAUUAGCAUGUAUGGUAAAGUUUGGGGUAGGUCCCAAUUUACUUAUCUAUAAUUGUCUGAUUGAUGGCUGUUGUAAUUGGUAUGAUAUGUCAACCGCACUAGAGAUGCAUUCUGAGAUGGAAAAGUUUGGUAUUUCUCCGGAUGUUGUGACUUAUGGUACACUGAUAAAAGGUUAUUGUAAGCUGGGGAAAGUAGACGAAGCUGAGAGGUUUUUGCUUAAAAUGGACGCUGCAGGGGUCGUCGUGAACUCUGUGAUUUACAAUCAGCUGAUUGAUAGGUAUUGCAAGGACAGAAAUAUGGACAAGGCUUUGGCAUUGUGUUCUCAUAUGAUAGAGAAAGGUGUCCAGCCCAAUGUAGUCACUUUCUCUGUAUUGAUAGAUGGUUUUGGUAAGAUAGGGGAUCUAGAAGCUGCAAUGGGUGUCUAUACCGAAAUGAUUAUUAAAGGCUUGAAGCCUGAUGUGGUUGCUUAUACAGCAUUGAUUGAUGGUCAUUUCAAAAAAGGAAACACAAUAGCUGCUCUAAGGCUUCAUAAGGAGAUGGCGGAGGCUGGAGUUGCUCCUAACGCUUUGACUUUUACUUGUUUGGUUGAUGGAUUUCUCAAGAAUGGAAUGAUUAGUGACGCAAUCAAUUUUUUCUUGAAAAUAAGCAGUUCUGGAUCUAUAGGAGUCGAAGUAGACUGCAGUAAUGGUGUUCUUUCUUUCCCUAAUAAUGUUACUUAUUCUGCGUUAAUCCAUGGUCUAUGCAAAGAUGGGCAGUAUUUCAAAGCCAAUAAGUUUUUCGUGGAUCUACGACGCAAUGGUCUGUAUCCAGAUUUAUCCACUUAUGCCAUGAUGAUACAACGUCAUUUCGAGGCCAGGCACAUAACUCAUGUCAUGAUGCUAAAGGCAGAUAUGUUAAAGACUGGUUUUAUGCCUAAUCUUGUCAUGUACAAGAUCUUGCUCAAGGGGUACCGAGACAUGGUUGAUCUCAGUUCAACUCGGAAGUGUUAUGAGGAAUUAAAAGAUUUAGGUUUAGUUUGUUCCGGAGCAUCUCCUAAUGCAAAACCUCCAGGAUCCUGUAAAUAGCAGUUCCCUGUUGACUUAACUAAUUAUUCUGUUAGAGGCAUCCUUGUCCGUAAAAUUCAGUAUCUUCUGAGUUGCACCAGCUUUUUGAGUUGUGCUGAUUAUAGAUGAGUAUCUCUGGGGAGCUAUCGAUUUUGCAGUUAGGGAAAAGAGCGAAGAGCAACUGAAGUGAGCAACCUCAAACUUCUGGAUUGGAGCAUCACCAAAGCUCAAGUGUCCCCUCGGAUUACAUCUGCAGCAAAAUUUAUAGUUUCCAAUGGCCAUUAUCUCGCAGAGGAUAUGGAGAAGCUGGACCCGGUAUUGAAAGAGUUGUCUGAUGCUAUAUGCACAAUCAAUAAGAGGCAGGAAACGCGAAAUGUCAUUUCACUGCAGGCAACAUGACUGCGAGCCUCCUGGCCUAAGUUGUUUUAGCAUCAAGUUUUGGUCUUACAAUUCAAGGAGAAAACCAUACAUCUUGAUGAUGCAACUUCAUAACUGCAAAAAGUGUCCAGGCAUUGUUGUAAGUUUCAAACAAAUACAACUCCUAUUCAAGUAUGUGCAGCUAGAGCUGAUUUUGAAGCUAAGCGCGCGCAGGUGUAAAUUACUAGAUACUUCCAUUCAUGUUUCUUUGGGUUGGAGUUCUUUGUGAUAUGCUUCUAACUUCUAAGAUCUGUUUGAAUAUACUGUAGUUCCUCUCCUA